AUGAAAAAGGUGAGUAAAGAAUUGACUAAAUGGAGCAAAGAAACAUUUGGAGAUAUCUUUAAACAGGUGGCCACAUUGGAAGAAGUGAUUAAAGUCCAUGACGCAGAAUUUGAACAGCAUCCUACAAAGGUGAAUAGAGAGAGGUUGCAAAAAGUACAAGCAGAUCUUAUCAGGGUUUAUGCAGUGGAGGAAAAGUUCUGGAAACAGAAGGCAGGGUUACAAUGGUUUAAAGACGGAGACAGAAAUACAAAAUUCUUUCAUGCGCAUAUACCUACAAAUUUUGAGUUAUUGGAUCACAUACCCCACCUCAUAACAGCUGAGCAGAAUGCACAAAUUAAUGAACUACCAGAGGAGGAGGAAGUGAAGAAAGCAGUGUUUGGGCUAAAUUCAAAUAGUGCAGGUGGCCCUGAUGGAUACACGGGAAAAUUCUUCCAAUCUUGCUGGAGCAUAAUUGCAAAGGAUGGGGUGCAGAUGGCAGGAUUUGUGAAGGGAAGAAGUAUUGUAGAAAAUAUCUUGCUUGUCCAGGAGAUUGUACAUGAUAUGAGGUUAAGAGGUAGGCCUGCUAAUGUUGUUAUCAAGUUGGAUAUGACAAAAGCAUAUGAUAGAGUAUCAUGGCUGUUCUUAACUAAAGUGCUGAGGAAAAUGGGUUUUGGAGAAUUUCUAAUAGACAUGGUCCAUAGAAUCAUCUCCAACAAUUGGUAUUCGAUUCUUAUUAAUGGUCAGCCUUGUGGCUUCUUCAAAUCAACAACGGGUGUUAAGAAGGGAGACCCUCUAUCUCCUACUUUAUUCAUACUUGCUUCGAAAUGUUUAUCUAGGGCGCUGAAUGCGUUGCACUAUAACUCAAGGUUUUCGGGAUUUGGAAUGCCUAAGUGGAGCCCCUAUAUAAAUCACCUGGCAUAUGCAGAUGACACCAUCAUCUUUACUUCUGCUGAGGAACAAUCUCUACAAGUGGUAAUGGAAACUUUAGCAAAGAUAUGA